UGGCAGCUGGUGGGUUUGCGCUGCUUUCUCUCGCUCGCACUCUCUCUACCAUGCGUCGCUCUACCUUCGUAGUCCUCCUCGCUAGGAACGCGUUGGGUUUCUCGCCGAACCUGUCAAGCAUUGUCGGCGUUGACGGCGGGAUGGGAGCCAGAAGUAGCAGGAAUUUCGUCAGUGCAACUCGGCCUGCUGGAUCUACUGCGCUGUUCGCCUCAGGAGGGGUGUCCGCGGAGGAGGUGCUGAAGGCACCCAAGUGGCCAGAGAAGUGGCCCUUCUAUGAGGACGACUUCAGCCGCAUGGACGAGUCCAGCGACGGGGAUUUCUACUCGCAGCCGCGGCUCGUCUACCACAUCGACGAUUCCGCGGUGAAGGCGUUGACGAAGUACUACGCCAAGGCGUUGCCCAAGGGGGCGGACGUGCUGGACAUCUGCUCGUCGUGGGUGAGCCAUUUCCCGAAGGACUGGGAGCACGGCAAGCGCACCGGGCUGGGGAUGAACGAGUUCGAGCUGAGCAAGAACGUGCAGCUGGACGAGUACAAGGUUAAGGACCUUAACGUUGACGCGAAGUUUCCCUUUGAAGACAACUCCUUCGACGUCGUCACGUGCGUCGUGUCGGUGGACUACUUGAACAAGCCGCUGGAGGUCUUCAACGAGAUCCGACGAGUGCUGAGACCAGGCGGCAAGGCCAUCAUGUCCAUGUCCAACAGAUGUUUCCCGACGAAGGCGAUCCAGAUCUGGAACCAGACUAACGACAUGGAGCACAUCUUCAUCGUCGGAUCGUACUUCCACUACGCGGGAGGCUUCGACCCGCCGGUCUCGCGCGACAUCUCGCCAAACCCGGGGCGAUCGGACCCCAUGUACAUAGUAGAGGGCAGAAAAAAGGCGUAAGCGCUCACACGGGCAUGGCACAAACGUUCUGAGACAGCUGGCUACUGCACACCGGAAGAGAUAGAGUGCGGAUCUUGGUCGAAAAAUGAAGUGCGACAUGGUCGGAGGCGAGCGGCGUUGGGGGCAUGGAUGCGUAUUUUCCGGCUUUUUUUUCUAGCGAAGAAGAGAGCCCUGCCGAUAUUUCAGCAGCGAGAACCUUUGCUUUUUGAGUUAGAUUUUGUAAAGAUUUUGGGAUAUCAGGAAACUCGGGGAACAAGCUCCUUGUCACAAUUUAUGU